CUGCAGCUCCCUGUCUUUCACAAUUUUCCUUUGACAUACCUGUACAUUUCUGUGCAGACAUGAUAUAUAGAAGCAGUGAUCUUUAUGUCAUCCAUUAGUCAUCUUAGCAGUGUAGUGAUGAUGCUGGAAUAAUGUGGGCAGGUCUACACUAAAGUCCUGUAAGACCAAAAUACAGAGGGUUGAGCUUCCAGAAGCCUUGCGUACUGUGAUGUGAGAGCUGUGGCAGCAAGUGCUCCUGAUCUGCUCUCUGUCUGCAAAGGGUAGAGUCCUACUUGCAUGUCGCUUUCUAAUUCCAGUGUGUUCCUGCUAAACGAGGGUUCAGCUGAUUCCUACACAAGUCGUCCAUCGUUAGACUCCGACGUGUCACUGGAGGAGGACCGGGAGGCUGCCCGCCGCGAGGUGGAGAGGCAGGCUCAGCAACAGCUCGAGAGAGCCAGGCUCAAGCCAGUUGCGUUUGCUGUACGAACAAAUGUCAGUUACUGUGGAGCUCUGGAUGAAGAGAGCCCAGUCCAAGGAUCUGCUAUCAACUUUGAAGCCAAAGAUUUUUUACAUAUCAAAGAGAAAUACAACAAUGACUGGUGGAUCGGGCGGCUAGUAAAAGAGGGGGGAGACAUCGUCUUUAUCCCAAGCCCACAGAGGCUAGAGGCCAUCCGACUGAAACAGGAGCAGAAAGCAAGGCGGUCUGGUGGUAACACCUCUGGUUUGGGAGACAUGGUCUCAGGAAAUCGGCGUUCGCCUCCCCCAUCUAUAGCAAAACAGAAGCAAAAACAGACAGAGCAUGUCGCACCGUAUGAUGUUGUUCCAUCCAUGCGACCUGUGGUUCUUGUUGGCCCUUCCCUCAAAGGAUAUGAGGUGACUGACAUGAUGCAGAAAGCUCUGUUUGACUUCUUGAAGCACAGAUUUGAUGGCAGGAUCUCAAUUACUCGGGUAACAGCUGACUUGUCUCUAGCCAAGCGCUCUGUACUCAAUAACCCAGGCAGGAGAGCCAUUAUAGAGCGUUCAAGCACCCGCUCCAGCAUUGCUGAGGUGCAAAGUGAAAUCGAGAGGAUAUUUGAGCUGGCCAAGACUCUCCAACUAGUUAUCCUGGAUGCGGACACCAUCAACCAUCCCACUCAGUUGACCAAAACUUCCCUGGCGCCAAUCAUCGUGUACGUCAAAGUUUCUUCCCCUAAGGUGCUGCAGAGACUUAUAAAAUCUAGGGGGAAAUCUCAAGUUAAACACCUCAAUGUCCAGAUGCUGGCAGCUGACAAGUUGGUACAGUGUCCUCCGGAAAUGUUUGAUGUGAUUUUGGAUGAGAAUCAGUUGGAAGAUGCCUGUGAGCACCUUGCAGAGUACAUGGAAGUUUACUGGAGAGCCACCCAUCACCCCCUGCACCCACACACCGGCCAGAAUACCAUGACACCUCCCACUGCCAUCCCAGGCUUACAGAACCAGCAACUUCUUACAGAUCGCGCCAAUGAGCACUCUCCCUUAGAGCGUGACAGCUUAAUGCAGUCAGAUGAGGCUAGUGAAACCUCCCGCAAGACCUGGACGGCCUCUUCCCAGAGGAGUUCCCGCCACAUGGAAGACGAGUACUCCGAUGCCUACCAGGAUCUGUACCAACCUCAUCGACACCACAACAGUGGACUGCACAACACCAAUGGCCAUGACUCACAGGACCGGCUUCUGGAGCGUGACUCUGAGCAGAACCACAACGACAGGAACUGGCAGCGCAACCGUCCCUGGCCCAAAGACAGCUAUUGAGCGGGAUCCCACUGCACACACCCGUUUUAGCACACAUUCCCACACUAAUCCUGCAUGGCAGUGCAUGCCAUGAGGCACAGCCACCAAGUGUAAAUUCCAGGGUAGACCAAGCGGCAAGAAUGCACUACAGGGAAAAUGCCAUUUCCUUGGUAUCUCCUGCCUUCAAAACAUCCUGGCAGAAGGGCUGUAUUAGGAGUAGUUCACCUGCUUGCAGUGAGUCAGAAGCAGAGCCAAGACACAAAACAUGUGGCAUACAGGUAGAGGUAGCACAGUGCUGAAAACAGGGAACUAAUCUUAAAUAUUCACUAAAUCUGUGUAUCUUAGACCUCAUCCUCUCGGCGUUAUGACAUAUAUUUUACAAAGGUUUACCUAGCUAGUGUAACACACCUAAAAUACAAAUAAUCCAAUAGGUUUACACAACAGGCCGUGGAAACGUCUACAUGCUGGACUCCUCCCAAGGUAAGAAUGAGCUUCUGAUGGAGGGUUGGACUCAUUCCUUGAUCCCUCCUUCUAGUCCAGGCUGCUUGGGGCAGUGAACUCACCCCAAGAUAAGGUCACAGCUCUGCAUCUUGUCUUGGCUUGUAUUGCCAUAAAAUACUCCCAUUCAUGUUCAGAAGUGUCACUCAGACCUUGUUUACAACAAACAUGCUUCAACAUACCUGUGGGUCUGUUUGUUACCCAGUCAGUACCCCGAGAACAACACUAAUUGCACAUUUGGGGAAGAGGCUCCAUUAAAAUAAAAAACCCGCCCAGCUUGUCCCAGAAGGUGUUUUUUUUGUAUACUUAAUGGAGUAUAGGAUACCGGCUGCCUUUGUUUGCAUGGACAAAAGCUAAAGGUCAGUAUAGUGACGGCGAAGUAUCACUGAUGCACUCUCAGUACUGUUUGGCUAGGAAGCACACAGCAGACACCUGUCCCCAGAUCAGCUGCAGGAUGACAGGCACAGAGCCUUGUUUAUAAGGCACUACUAGGAGUAGUGUAACGACAAUAACUCAUUACCAUGCUGCAUACACUGUUAGCAUGUUACACACAUACCUGUUCAUGUGUGGACAGAGUUAUGUAUAAUGUAAUGAUAUAAGUGAAGUAGAUGGUUUACUGGGGCAACCUCUCCUCACAAACCUCAGAUAUUGGAAGGAAUGGCAGCGGGUAGUGAGGUGCCAAUAGCUGCAUAUUAUGUGCCAUGACCACACUGCACGUCUGAACGUAACCUUGAUAUAAACUUACUGAGAGUCAUUAUAUGAUACAAAGAGAAUAGCUAUGCCGUAGCUUACUGCUGUGAAUAGUCUCCAUACAUACAUACAUACAUAUAUAGUCUUUUAGCCUCAUACGUACACACAAAUGCAUAGUGUUUUGCUGGUUGAAUAGAGCACAGGUUCUCAAACUCGGUCCUCAGGACCCCAAACAGUGCAUGUUUUGCAGGUCACCUCACAGAAUCACAAGUGAAAUAAUUAGCUCCACCUGCGGACCAUUUAAAAUGUCAGUGAGUAAUUAAUACACCUGUGCACCUGCUGGGUUACCUGCAAAACAUGCACUGUGUGGGGUCCUGAGGACCGAGUUUGAGAACCACUGGAAUAGAGUAUUUUAUUAUGGACAUAAUUUGUGAGGGGAAAAAAAGAAUUCACUUGUGAGAAGCCAUUUACAUCCCUUUAGCUACAGUCAUGCUUCAGAGAGAAAUCCCUGCUUACUCCUUCUGGAAUAUUGGCUGACGAGAUGCUUAGGACUUGUGUGCAGAAGUAUGGCAUUAGAUACCAGAAUAGGUGGUCUGGGAUGAAGGUAUAAACAACCUGCUAGAAUUCUGCUGAUAGUUCAUGAUUGGUAUUAGUAAGGAUCACCUAGAUGGAGAGGGAAGAUGCUUAUUCACAUGUCACACACUGAAUAGCGUAACCGGCAAACUGGAGCAUAGAGAAAAGUAACCACUGAGCUCCCCAUAGCCGACACUAUUAUCCUACAGUAAUCAGCCACACAUCACAGCACAUGAUAAUGCUUCGUGAACCAACGUGAAGACAUCAGAUAGACAAUACAGAACUGGGCAUUAAAUGAACUGUUUUCUCACUGCAACGUGAGUGCUAAUAUUGGUUGUGUUACUGUAUUAUGUCUGUGUCAUGAUUUCUGAUACUCUCCAUUACAUAAUACAGUACAUUUACAAAGGAUUCAAGAAUUGAAUGGAAAUAGAGUAAUCUGUAUAGGUAAUAACAAACUGACAUAUGACAUUCCCAUGUCAGAACCUUGUACAGCACUCUGUAAUACAACUCAUUUCAUAACUGGUACAAUAAUGCACUGUCCAAGUCUAGAUACAAGACCUCAAAGGCCAUAUUUCAUGUGAUUAUAGGAAGCCAUAUUUAAUCCUUCAUAAAGAGAGCAGAUUAUGUA